AUGACAGGUCCAGUGGUACAAGAAAGUCUGUACAACAUCCUGCUGAACUUCCGUCUACAUCGAAUUGCACUUAUUGUAGAUAUCGAGAAAAUGUAUCUCCAAGUUCGUGUAACAGAAGAGGACUCUCAGCUCAUCCGGAUGCUGUGGCAAGAACCAGGUCGCCCUAUGACAGAGUGCGGGAUGCGAACGGUAAUUUUCGGCUUGUCUUGCGCACCGUUCUUGGCAACUAGAGCAUUGAAACAACUUGCGGUGGACGACGGCGACUCGUUUCCACUGGCCAAGAAGGGAAUCAGCGAUUUUUACGUCGAUGAUCUUCUGUCUGGUGCAUCCUCUGUCCGAGAAGCUAUCGAGACGCGCAGACAGAUGACACAUUUGUUGAGACGAGGUGGUUUUACCAUGCGAAAAUGGGCGACAAAUGAUCCGGCAGUACUCAAAGACAUCCCGGUUGCAGAACGAGCUUCGUUGUCUACGCAUCACUUCGCCCCAGAAGCAUCGCUGAAGACUCUUGGAGUGAGAUGGCACGUCAGCGAAGAUCUAUUUUCUUUCUCCGUAAACUGCAACGCAAAUCAAACACACUACAUGAAACGUGAAGUGCUGUCGACUAUCGCGAAAAUAUUCGACCCGCUAGGUCUGAUUGGACCAAUUGUAAUCGUUGCCAAAACCUUCAUGCAGGAGCUCUGGAAACUCGACAUCGACUGGUCGGAUCCAUUACCAGAACUAUACAAUGUCCGUUGGCGUUCUUACCUGGCACAUCUGCAAGAGACAUGGCACAUUAAAAUCCCUCGUCGCUGCCUGUCCAUCGAUUCUCUACGGCGGGUGUACCUUCAUGGAUACUGCGACGCAUCGGAGACAGCAUAUGGUGCAGUGUUAUACCUGAGAGCCGUGGACGAAGUGGGCAACGUCAGCUCGCGCCUGCUUUGCUCCAAAUCAAAGGUGACACCUAUCAAUCGCCCAACAAUACCGAGGUUAGAACUCUGCGCAGCUACGCUACUAGCACGACUCAUCAAAACGGUAAAGUCAACGUUACGAAUGACCAUCCAUCAGACGACAGCCUGGAGUGACUCCAUGACAACUAUAGCGUGGAUAUCAGGAGACCCAGCCAGAUGGAAGACAUUUGUGGCCAACCGCGUAGCAGAGAUCAACUCGACAUUAUCCGCAGUGAACUGGAGACACAUUUCUACGGACGAAAAUCCGGCCGAUCUACUGAGCCGUGGGGUCACCCCUAUGUCACUAGCGAGCACUCCUUUAUGGUGGAGUGGUCCUACUUGGAGGCCCGAGGACUCAAUCGAACUCCAGCCAGACAAUCUGCCCUCAACAGUGCAGCGCCUCAUCGACACGUCAUCGAGUUCAAUUCAUUGCUAG